GUUUUGCAGAUAAUCAGGUGAUGGAGCUGAAUGCAACCGAAAUCUCCAACGGGAUGUGGUCAUGUUUCCUAGUUGCCGGCGAGUUGGCACAAGUUGAGCAGAAGAUCAAGUCUUAUCGCUCAAACGAUGAGGUCAUUUCCUUUAUUCGUGGAGUGAUGGAUAAGCAUAAAUUGAUGAAGUUUAUCAAACUGAGAGGCGACCCGAAAAGCAAUGCCAGGGCAAUCGACUGUCGAAAGCGUGGAAACGAAUACUUUCACCCAAGAAUCCGACAGUACAUAAAAGCUGUUGAACUGUACAACGAGAGUAUUGCGCUGGCUGCGGACAACUCGGAAGCAUUGGCGAUGGCGUACGCAAACCGAUCGGCCAUUUGCUUCGAACUGAAGGAGUACGCUGACUGUCUGGAGAACAUCCGGUUGGCCCGGGAGAAUCCGUACCCGGCUAAUUUAUUGCCCAAAGUUAGAGCAGCGUGAAGAGGCUUGCAAAGUACUGAUGAACAAAGGGGAUUAUGAGAAACCCAAGACCGAUCAGCCUAUUGAGCCUAAACUGAGUUACAAAUCGAAUCCAAGAAUACCUAACAUUGCCGAAUGUCUGGAGCUGGUCCAAGAUGAGAAAUUUGGACGUUACUUGAUCACUAAUCGUGACCUUAAGGCAGGUGAUGUGAUUGCUCUUGAGAAACCAUUUUCUAAGAUUCUGGAUACCAAUUUGCGUUAUAUGAACUGCAACUAUUGCCUGGAUGACAAUUUUCUCAUUCUGAAGUCAUGUUAUGGCUGCACAAUUGCAAUGUUUUGCUCUGAUGAAUGUCAACAGAAAGCAAUGGAAGAAUAUCAUCGCUUCGAAUGUCCAAUCCUGCAGGACAUUCACAGGUUGGUCGAACACGUUCUUGUCCCUGCUCUAAGGUUAACAAUUAAAACCCUUACC